AAUGCGAUGACUCAAGAACUAUAACGUUUGGUGUGACCAUUGAGAGCAAAAACAAUGGACCUGCUCAUGUCAAUGGUGAUGAGGAAAAUGAUGUGCCGGUUCAUGCUCCAUUUUUUGCUUGGCCUAACCAAGCCUAUGUAGGGGAGUACGAGGAUGAUGAGCCCGUGAAAUAUGAGGAGGAGGAUAAGAAGGCAGACCAUGUAGAGGCUCCUGAAAAUGGGCCGGAGGUAGCUGAUAUAAGGAUUCCAUUGGGAACAUUGGAUGUUGACAAUUCAUGGGAUGAACAAAAUGUGCCCGAGGAUGAUGACAGUAUACUUGCUAACAAUUUGGUUCCCACUCAUAUCCACGAUAGAAAUUGUCCUCAGAUUCAAGAGAAGGCUACCUUUCUUGAUGGAAAAACUUUUAAGAUUGCCUUGAGACAACUAGCAAUUAGAGAAGAGUGGUCAUUUAACACACAGUAUAGUGACAAGGAGAGAUUUCGUGCUAUAUGUUCUGAUGAAGAUUGUCCAUGGAGGAUACAUGCUUCCAAGUUAAAGGGUUGUAAUACCUUCAUGGUAAAGAAACUUCCAUUUGCUCAUACUUGUGGAAGUGCCAACAAAAAUGACAAGAAGAAAGGCAAAGCAAGAAUGGCAAACAAGAAUUGGAUUGCUGAUAGGGGGAAAGCAAUAUUGCAAGAGGAGGCCACACUUAGUGCAAAAGGUCUUAAAGAACGAUUGGAAAGGGAGUAUAAUAUGAAGUUGGAGUACAGCAAUGUUUGGAAAGGGCGAUCUCGUGCACUUGCUGUCCUGAAUGGCACAUAUCAAGAGAACUUUCAGUUGUUGUGGAAUUUUAAGGCAGAAUUAAUGACAGCCAACCCAGGAAGUGUGUGUGAAAUAGACAUCAAGACAGUCCGUAAGAAAGGUGGCAUCGUGCACUACUUCAAUAGGCUGUUUAUUGCAUUCAAGCCAUGCAUUGUUGGUUUUUUGGAAGGCUGCAGACCGUAUUUGGGGGUCGAUUCAACCUUUCUUACAGGGAAGUACACAGGACAGUUGGCUGCAGCUAUUGGUGUUGAUGGACAUAGCUGGAUGUUUCCUGUGGCUUUUGGGAUCUUCGAGAAAGAGAACACAGAAAAUUGGGUGUGGUUCAUGCAGCAACUUAAGUUGUGUAUUGGUGAUCCAGAAGGGCUCACUAUCCAUACAGAUGCAUGCAAAGAGUUGGAGAAUGCCAUAAAAAAAGUGUACCCAAAUUGCGAGCACAGGGAAUGCAUGAUGCAUCUCAUGAUGAACUUCAAGAAGUUCAAAGGUGACAUACUUGAUAACAUGUGGCCUGCAGCUUGGACAUAGUGGCGGAGCUGCUGUAACCCAAUGGAAAUCACCAAACUUUCAUUAGAUUAGUGUAUUUACCUUGUUUAUUACUAUAAGAUUACAAUGAAUCCAAUAGAGUGAACCCAAUGGCAUUCUGCUCUAGCUUCGCCACUGCUUGGACAUAUGAAGUUGAGAAGCAUGAGACCCUCAUGGCGGAGAUAGAAGCUGUCAACCCAGAAGCAAUAGCCUACUUAAGGAAGGAACAUGAUCGUGUGUGGACAAGAAGCAAGUUUUCAUCAAUUACCAAGGUUGAAUAUGUCAGUAAUAACUUGGCAGAAGUCUUCAAUAAUUGGAUCAGAGAGAAGAAACAACUUGCAUUUGUAGAGCUCAUAGACACAUUAAGAGAGAUGUUGAUGCAAAUGAGAGGCAAAAGGAGAGAGGUUGCAGAUGGGCUGCAAAGAGCCAGAAAAGGACAAUGAUGCCGAUCGGGAUGCAACUCCACCUCCAAAACGGCACAAAACUGCAGCAACCACUAACACUACUCCAUGCACACCAACUAAGCAAGUUUCUCAACCUUCGAUUGCAAUUUCAAGCCCAGUGAUAAGAUCGAGGGCAGCAGCCAUUGCAAAGGCUUCUUCACCUCCUAGUGCAUCUACAAGGAGCAAAACUACUGCUAGUAGUCCUCUCAAACAAGUUUUGUCAGUUUGCUUGUGAGUGAAAAUUAGGGACUUAUGGUGUGUGAAGAGUUAAGGGCAUAUAUAUCUUUUUUAAUGGCUGUUAGUCUCAGUUAGUCUCCGUUAGUGGAUAAUGGUAUUUUGGCAUCAAUACCAAAACUGUAGUGGUAUUUUGACAAGUUUGGUUUUCUCAGUUGUAUUUUAGAACUCUCGGUUUUGACUAGUGGUAUUUUGUCCAUUCUCUCUUCAAGUUAACGGAAGAACUCUUGGUGCCUACCGUUCCGCUUCCGCGCGGACGAAAA